AUGGCAUCUGAAGAAACUCCUUUAGUGCCAAUCAGGAUCGAACCUAACGACCCUUCGGAUCUUCAAAAUAGAAAUGAACCUCAAUUAGUAAACGAUAACGCAACAAACCAACAAUUACCAAUUGACACAUUUCAACGGGAACUUAUUGAUAAGAAUCUUUUUAAUACUAUACAAAGAUCCGAAGAAAAAGAAACCAUUGAGAUUUCUGACCAAACUCAAACUUCUGAUAGUUUUCCUUUUCAUAAUUUAAGUGAAAUUAUGAAUACGAAACCUUCUAACGCUAAUAACACGCAAAGUACGAAAUCUCAAAAUAAACAACCUUCUGAUAAUUUGCUUCAUCAUAAUUUAAGUGAAAUUAUGGAUACGAAAUCACCUGAUGCAAACGAUAAGCAAAGGUCAGAAUCGGACAAAGCUCAAAAUAAAGAACCAACUGAUAAUUUGAUUUUUCGUAAUUUACCAUCAUCUGGCGAUAACGAUCAGCAAAUGUCGGAUUCUUUUAGGCCUUCAGAUCAAAAUAUUGAGCUUCAAUUUAAGAAUAUGAACUUUUUUUCUGGUCAACAUGAUCAAAAAAUCAAUGAAAAUGCCAAGGAACCUCAAAACGAACAAAAUCAAUUAGAAAAUGCUAUUACAACUGAUUUCGACCAAAUAAUCAAUUCGAGCAUAUUCGCAAAAAUACAAAAAGGAAAAUCUUCUCAAUCUCAAUCCGAUGAAUCAUUUGGAUUGACGUCAGAUCAAGAAGCUAUCCGAAAAAAACCAAUGAAUGAAGUUCCGAGGAUGGGUACAAGUUUUGGAAAUGAAAUUAAGAGAAUUGAUCCAAAGGAAAAUAUUCGCAAAGUUCUUAAAAAUCACAAACACCAUUCGUUUGAUUAUAAAUAUGGUAAAGAUUUAGAUGAAUAUAUUCCUGGUUUGUAUCGUUUGUUAGACUUAUGCAAAGAUGAUGGAUCGAAUGGUCUAGUGGAUAAAAUAAUUAUCUCCAAAGAUUCUUUAAAAAAACUAUGCAACGAUAUGGUUCCAUCAAGUUUCAAGUCUAUCUCUGAAAUUAAUUAUACGAAAUUGAAUUCAAUUUCAUUCCGUCUUAUUGGAUGUUACGGAAAUCAUACUUUAAUUGCAAAGCUCUUAUUAGAUCAAGGGAUCAUUAAUCAACAAAUGCAUGAUUGUCUUACAGACUCGCAAUCAUCUGUAAAUAAACCUUCUUUACGUCCUGGUAUUUAUUUGAUAGUUGUGAAUGCAGAUUUGGGAUUAGUUAUUCAUUGGCCUGAAGUUGAAUGUUACGAGGAAAAUGGUUCUUCGCAACGUAAAAAGAAUAUGACCAACCUUCAUAGAUAUUUGACAAAACUUACUGAUCAUCAACUUUGUCUUAUGAGUGAUAAAGACCUGCAAAGCUUUGACUGGAAAUUAGAUAAAUCCGAUGAUGAUUCAGAUGACGACGAAGCAAGUUAUGAGUAUGAAGUCAAGAAAAGUCAAGAAGAACAGGAAAAUUUCAAAAUCUAUCCCGGAUUUAAGGUGAAUUUAUCUAAUAAUACCAAAACCGAAAUAAACUAUACCACUCAAGAUGAAAUAUCAUUAUAUCCAAUCGUGGUUGAAUCAGCUACAAAUCAAUCAUUUGUUACUCGAGAAUUAAUGCAAACAGCAAAAACAUUAAAUAAAUCGAGUAUUAAUCUUUCGUACUACACAUGUUCGAAUGAACUUCGUAAUAAACUUAAGGGGCAUAGCUUAUUUAUUUGUCGUGAAUCAAUGAAUUUUAAGCAAUUGGAAUUGUUGGUAAAAAAUGAAACCAUUUCUCGAAUGAUGUGGAAGAAGUUAAAAGAUUCUUAUAGUUCAUUUGAGGGAUUGAUCAAUAGCGAUACCGCAUCACAUGAAAAUAAUACUAUCGGAGAUGAAGACAUCAAAAGAAUAAAAGUAAAAUAUCCCGAUAUCGAAGACAAGAUAAACGAAAAAAUUCAAAUAAAUUCCAAUGAAUGGCGUAAGCUGAAAAAAAGAUUUGUUUUAGCCUGUUUUAUUACUCAACAGGUUCUUAACAUUUCAGACUUGAAUUCUGAACAAAAACAAGAAAUGACAAAGUCAGGAAUCCGUGCAUUUUAUGAAUUGUUUAUUGACAGAGAGAAUGAUACGUAUAAGCUUGUAAAAAAUUUUGAACGUAAAUCACGUGGUUAUCUUUAUUCUAUAUUUUCUACGAUUUCGAGUAGUUUAACUUCUCAUUCGUACAUUAGUGAAUUAGAUCAAUGUUGUAAAGACUAUGUGCAUCAAAAAUCAGACUCCGAUUUAGUUAAGGAGCUAAUAGUUUCAUCAUUUUUUGGAGAGUUUACCGAUAUAAAGCGAGAUGUGGUAACCGCUUUUCUUAAUGAAUAUCAAAAAUGGAGAAAGGAUACAUUUCCAAAUAACAUUAAAGAGAUAUUACCCAAAUUUGACUUUAAACAAUCAAAUGAUAAGUUAAACCAAGAAUUAUGUCAAGCGAAAAAUGAUAUUGAAGUUCGAGAAUUUGAAAGGAUAUGUAGUGAAUUGGAGGAAAAAUUUCAUCAGUCAGAUACCUUACAAAUUCAAAAUGACGAGCUUCAUAUUCCAACUUUGCAUUCUAGUUAUCAAUAUGGAAAAAAUUUCUUUCAGAUUGAUCCUGCGGUUUAUGAUUUCAAGAAAAUAUCUCAAUUUGAUAAUCGCAAAUUUCUUCUCGUGCUUCACAAUAAGAAAUCACAAAAAAUCGAAAUAUUCUUUGGUGCUUCCCAACAUAUAAUACAAACCGUAAAGACGAAUAAACCUUUUAAGUCUCUGAAUAUAGAUGAAAAUUUUCUUAUUGCGAUUAAUGAGCCAAAAGAAUUAAUUGCUAUAUAUCGAUAUACAGACAAUGAUGUUAUGUUGAAUGUGUAUGCUUUAUAUGACGGUCAAACCCAUUUUUAUCCGCGACAUUCAAAUAUUCAAUUGUUGCAAUGGUACAAUAAUACAGUUCCAAAUUUGCAGUAUUUCUUUUUUAUUAAAAAUACCGAAGAACUCUGUUUUGUUGAGAAAAGCGGUCGAGCGCGUAUUUUCAACCUUGUAACUCAGCAAUUUCGACCCGCGAUUUGCAAACUUCCAUCCAAUACCUCAAAUGUCUUAAGCUCACCCGAUGGGUCAUGUAUUGUAGCAUUCGUAAAAGAAAACUUAAAAUCAAACACGAUAAACAUUGAUAGUGUUGAAAGUAGAUGUACUACUGAUGGUGAAAGUGAUGGUGAUUCAGUUGUUACUAAUCAUGAACAACAACAGGAUGAUUCCGUUAAAGUCGGUAACAUUAAAGAAACGUGCCGUGCUUAUGUUUAUUUUUGUGCGAAUUUUGGAGAUUCUGUUAGCAAAGUUGUUGAUUUACCAACAGCUCUUCAAUCCUUGGAAUUCCUUCAAUUUACUUGUAUCAAUAAAAUUCAAACUCAUUUGAUGUCAUUUGACUUACAAAGUGGAUGUUUCAAUUCCUCAAUAGUUAAAAUCACGCUUGAAAAAACUCAAUAUCGUUUUCAGGAACGAAUGCAAAAAAAGUCACUUGGACUUGCAAAAUUAAUUUAUUCACCUCGAAAAAAUGUCGGUUAUUCUAUCAUUGAAGGAAGAAAUACACACUUUGAAAAAAUUGUUCGUAAUAAUGAAUUCAUCGUAUUAAUGGGAGAAAAGUUUAAUGUGAUUGAAGUUCUUUCUAACACAAAAUUAAAAGUUAGUGGCAAUUUUAAAAAAGGAUUUGAUGAUUGGAUGGAAUUCCGUAUUGAACCAAAGACAAAAUUAAAUGGCCUCAUUGAUGCUUAUAAAAUGAUGUUUGAAAAAUAUCCGGUUGAAAGUUGUGUCGAUUCUGAACAAAAUCGUCCUCUUAGUUUAAAGAUCGUUCUCAAUGAUGAACUUGGCGACGAAAAAAUUGAAGAAUACGGCGAAAAAUUUGAAGAAUACAUUUCUGAAAUUUUUGAGAAUUUGAAACGUUCUACCAAAAAACCUGCAACAAUAUUAAAGAAAUUUUCUACAUCAAUCACUACUUACCAAAAACUUGAUAUUAACAACGUGAAAUUUCAAAAGAAAUUUUCAUCAAUAUACGAGAUAGGAGAAUGGAUCAUUCAACUUUGUUGUCUAAUUCCAAUACAAAUUGCUGUAGCAAGAAAUAAUUUAUUUCAGCCUCUUAAAGAUGGAUUAUCUUCAAACGAUAUCGAACUUGAUGACGGUUAUGGUGGUCAUGUGGAAGGCAUAGCAAAAAACAUUUCUUUUGGAUGGUAUGAAGGAAUUUUCAGGCAUUUUGGUGAUAAAAAAGUGAAAGUCGUUUCUAGUAUGGGUGAACAAUCUUGCGGAAAAUCAUUCAUGUUGAAUCAUCUUGUUGGAACUACCUUUGACGGCUCAGCAAUGCGUUGCACUGAAGGUGUUUGGAUGUCGCUGGUAAAUACCAAGCAAUAUAUUUAUGUUGCACUCGAUUUUGAAGGUUUAAAAUCUCUUGAAAGAACGCCUCAAGAAGAUUUAUUUUUAACGCUUUUCAAUACAGUCGUGUCGAACCUUAUACUCUUUAAGAAUCAAUUUGCAGUAAAUAGAGAUAUGUCUUCGAUGUUUCAAAGGUUUCAAGAUGGUGCAAUGUUAUUUGAGUCAGAUCCAAAAAUAUUCCAGGCGAAAUUAUGUGUCAUCAUAAAAGAUGUGCCUAAAGCUGACAAAGAAGACAUUGUUAAAGAAUUCAAGUCAAAAUUUUCUCAAUUAGUUGCCGAGGAGGGUGAAGAUAACUUUAUUUCAAGAAUGUACAAAGGGGGGCUUGAUAUUAUUCCUUGGCCAAUGUUUAAUGAUGCCUCAUGGUUCAAGACAUUAUCAAAGGUUAAUAAGAAUUUAAAUAAUCAGGAACCAAGAUAUGAAAAUGCACGAAAUUUUUUGCGAAAUACAAAAGUUAUUAUGGCUAAAUUAAAGAUUUGCGAUUGGGGUUCAUUAGACGAAAAUCUUAUACAAAUCCGUGUUGCCACAUUAAAAAGGUUACUUCCAACUGUGAUUUCCUUUGGUUUGGAACAAAAAGAUUCUACUACUGAACAACUUAUGAAUCGUGAUACUGGUGAACCAAUUGAAGACUCAGCAGUCAAUUUUUCCGAGAUUUUACAUGAUUUCGAGGAAUCUGACAUAAUAUUAUCGGAUUCUGAUAUUCUAUUAUAUGAUGAGAACGUAUUAUUUGACCGUCUUUCUGAAGAUUUAAGAACUUACUUCGAAGAAAAUAUACAAUCGCGAAAAACCUCAUCCGACGAUCUCAAAUGGUUCACCAACUUCAAUGGAUUCUUUAAAUAUAUUAUUGAUCGUCGUAUUUCACGUGUUAAAAAUUGGUAUAUGCAAAAUACAGCAAAGUUUCCUCAAGAUAACAGUGAUAUUGUUAAUGGAAAGUAUGCAAUGGAGCAAGAGAUAAGCAAACUUAUACUGCUAUGGACAUUUUGCGGAUUAACAUGUCAUCAAUGUGGUUUAAAGUGCGUCAAGAAUCGUGAUCACGAAAAUGAUCAUGAUUGUUUAACGGACCAUAAAUGUCAUUUUGGUUGUCAUUUCGUUGAAGCUCACAACAACAAAUUAAUUCCAGUGUGCAGUCAUAAAGCUGGACAUGAAGGCAAACACGCUUGUGACAAAAUAGAUCAUUUGUGUGGUAAGCCUUGUAACCUUAUCGAUAAACGUAAUUGCCAGAAAGUUUGUUCAAAGGAAAUUGGACAUGAGGAUGAACAUUUAUGUCAAUCAACUCUUCAUUUUUGUGGAAAAACUUGUUCAUUAUCAACAAAAACUCAAAAAGGAGAUUAUAGUUGUCCUAAUAAAUGUAUUAGACCAUAUGAAGAACAACAUGAUUUACAUCGCUGCGAAAAUCCAACUUGUCCAAUUCAGUGUCCAAUUCCACGUUGCCAACGGAAAUGCCAAAUUAAUGAUCAUUUUCACUCUUUUUCUAAUUUACCAGUAAAUCAUUUUUGUGGAGAUGAGCAUCAAUGUCGUGAAUUAUGUGAGGAUGAUGGAAGAAGUUUACAAAGGACUAGUUACCAAUAUUACAUUUACGAAGCAUGUAUUAAAAAAAUUCCUCCAAAUGAAUUUAAACAUACUGGAAAACAUACACAUGAAGAAGGCGGUUUUCAUUAUUGUGAUGCAAAAUGUCAAUUCUGUGAAUAUUUUUGUACGUUAUCUUACGGGCAUGCACAAAUUCUUCAUAAUACGACACAUGGAAAUAUGACACAAACUGAGUUCACCGGUGAAGACAAUGAAUUUGAAUAUGCAGGACAUAGAUUAAAAGUUGGUGAUCAAGGAACAUUUGUACUUUGUAAUGUGUAUUGUAAAGAUUUAGGAAGACAUCGUCAUAUAGAUUAUUGUCAUAAUGAAGAAAUACAUCCUAAUCCUGAUAAACCAAAAGAUUUCAUUUCUCAUAAGUUGUUCUGGGAGCGAACGGGUUUCAGAGAUCCUUAUUCUGCUCAAGAUCAACAAGAGUUUGCAAAAUGUGAUCAUGAAUGUCCUGAUGAAAAGCAUCAUAAAUCUCAAGGAUCUACAAGCGCUCCUCCAACGAAAUCAUUUUGUGAAUUAUCCCUUUUCCAUGCUCCGCUUAUUCAGGGUUCAAAUCCUCCAAAUGACUAUGGAUAUAUAUCUUUGGAUGGUCAUCAUUUUAGUUGCGAAAACCCAAGUACUCGUGAAGCCGCUUUUCAUAUUAUAUUCGUCAUGGAUCGUUCAGGAUCUAUGAGCGAAAAAGAUAAAAAACCACUUCGAUACCAUCCAGGUUAUAAUGAAUUGAUAAUAGAUCACAACAAUAGAACAGGCGCGGUCUAUCAGGCGGUAUAUCAAUUUAUGGAAACGCGUUUUGCUUCCGCUCAAACUAAUCAAAAUCAAGUUUCAUCCGCUUUACGGGAUAGUGUUACAUUAAUUCUUUUUGAUCAUAAAAUUGUUGUACCAUUUGAGAAUCAAAACCUAACAAACAUGAAAGAAUUAUUAAAUAUAAUGCUUCAAUAUAAAGCUGGAGGUGGAACAAAUUUCGAUAAUGCAAUUCAAAAAGCUGGAUAUUUGAUCACUUCUUAUUUUGACCCUACGAAAGCAAAUAUCAUUAUCUUCUUAUCCGAUGGAGAAUGUGGUGUUCCAACCAAUCAACUUCAUAAUAUCUGUAAACAAAAUCAUUCAAGAGGAUCUCCAUUAUAUCUCUAUACAGUAUUAUUUAGCAGUAGUUUACGAAGUCACUCUUUAGAAGAAAUGGCGAGGAUUGCACAAUCUUAUCAUCCUCAAAAUUCAUCAUCUAGUGCUUUGCGUUGUCAAUUUACUAAUGCCAUUGAUGAAGUUAGUUUAGUUAACCAUUUUACUGGUGUGGCAGAAAGUUUGAGAAAACAUAAACCUGCGUUGCUCAAGAAGAAAAACUAG